CUUUUGUUAAGAAGACACGACCAUCGACAACCAAGUUGGACACCCCGCCGGUGACUUCGAUAUCGUAGACGAUCAGCCCAAACUAUCGUUGAACAAUACACCGGUCAUAACAAUUAGAAAACGCGCUGUUCACAACCUAGUCUUGGAGCAACCAGUUGUACUCGGCGAGGUGACAGUCACUACCGCUCGACAGAAUGACCGCAGCAAAAUCCAAGAUAUUGAAAGAGCAUUCGAAAAGCGCAGCUGUGUCCACCCCUCACACUCGUUCACAGGAACUGGCUGCCCAGGAACUCCCACCCGUCCUUAACGGGAGGAAGAACAAGAAGAAGAAAGGAAAGGGAAAGGAACCUGCAGUACCAACCCUUCAUCCAGCAUUUGCUGACCCAAGCUCUUACGAUGACGACGAGAUCCCCAGUCUGGAGGAGGCUGACUCUCCAACUUCCCCUAGGACGGGUUUUUCGCCUGUACUUGAAUCCGUGCAUGUCUCCGCGACAACCAUCGCUCGCUCGGGCAACGGAAUAACAACGCAAGUGCAGACGGGGCUACUGGCGGCCGAUUUACAUGGCAAUCACGCGGAGAUACCGAGCAAUGGAUACGCGGGAGGGAAACGACCACAUACGAUGCCACACAUCCCACUUCCAAAAACCACUGGUCCGACUGGUCCAGGGAUGGUGGAUGAAGAGUACUGGUCGUCGUUUCCUCCCCAUAUCAAAACUUUUGCGCAGACAAUGUACAACAUCGCGCAACAGAUGGUUCAAUCAGAUUCCUAUAUGAAGGCCACAGGUGCUGCGACGAUGGCCACCGAGGGACUACCAGGCUUCUCCCCGGACGCACACCCUCCACUGCCAUUUGAUCCGUCCAUUUUCUCUGAUCCCGCAUUCACAUUGUCUGUCGAGCAAGCAGCAGUACUAGCACUAAGUGCAGCCCCACUACCGGCAGGACAGUCUCCCCGCGGACCGCACCCACAGUCGAAUGUUGUGCUGUUAAACGAGUUUGGAGACGGUGAGCACAGAGUGGCAGAAGACGACUAUUACAGUGAGGAUGACAUCGAAGGCAAAUAUGAGGGCGAGGGGGACCUGGACGGGUUUGAGUUCCAUGCAAGUGGCAUGGUCCCGCACCCACCAAAUAUGCCCGAUGCUGUUGCACAAGUUGUUCUGAGUUACGGAGAGCACGUAACCCGUGGCCGUGCAGCAGCCCAGUCGACGCUAGUGGCAAGCAGUGAUGAGAGUGUUGAGCCAGUUGUUACUGCUACUAGUGUAUUGGAUGAUAGUUCGGCCGGCCGUAAGGGAAAGAAGAAGAAAGGGAACAAAGAUGGGACCGAUGCCCCGGCCGGGGUCCCGACGGCACCCGUGCCGAACACUGUAGAAGCGCGAUCGGCACCGCCGGCACCGGGGCUGUCGCCGGAAAAGCCCACGGCGGGACUGGAAUCGCCUCAGUCUCCCACCGCGAACAACGCCAUGCCUGCUACAAGAAAAGAAAAUCUGCCUGCAAAUCCCCCGCCGAGCUCGCGUGCACAGGGAAAACAGCCAAUGGCCUAUGCGCCCUCCACGGCAGCGACAACGGCCACCGCUCCGCCCAACGGACAGCAGACAAGGACGGCCAGAGCAGCAUCAAAGGCUCCGAUGUCCGCUCAUAACUACAAUAACCACUCGCAUCAUCAUCCCUCGCCUCCAUCGUCCAAUGCAUCUGCGACUAACAAAUCGCGGUCAAAUACCGCUUCGGGCUCAAACAAGAACUCUCAGAAUAACAAGAUCUGGAGUACGAGCUCAACGGAGGAACGCGAACGGAUCAAGGAGUUCUGGCUCGGUCUAGGAGAAGACGAGCGUCGAAACCUCGUCAAGAUCGAGAAAGAUACUGUCCUCAAGAAAAUGAAGGAGCAGCAGAAACACAGCUGCAGCUGUGCGGUCUGUGGUAGAAAGCGGCACGCGAUCGAAGAAGAACUCGAGGUACUGUAUGAUGCUUAUUACGAGGAGCUGGAACGGUACGCAAAUCAUCAACAGCGUUAUGUCUCCUCAGGUGGUACUAUACCACCGCCACCUGGACCUGGACCAUUCCCAGGCAGCGUCGAACUAGACAAGAACGGCGUCGUCAUUGGACACCCCCAGACCAAAUCUCCUCGUAAUCCACCUCGGACAAAUAAUAGGGCGACACCUCUCACAAACGGCCGGAAGCCUCCAAAGGCGGAAAGCGAAUUCGAAGAUGACGAAGGGGAUGAGGAAGAGUUCGAGGAAGAAGACGGAUACGAUGAGGAGGAUGACGAAGAAGAGGAGGAGGAUGACGAGGGUGUGGAGGACGAGGAUGAUAUCAAACCACGGGAUCGACGUAAUGCCGGUACUCGCGGGCGACGACCGGUAAACGGAACCAAGUCAAAUGGUCGAGAUGGACUGUUCAAUCUAGGGAGCAGUCUAACCGUUACAGGGCCGAAUAAUAUUCUUACAGUCGCCGACGAUCUCUUGAAGAACGACGGCCAGAAAUUUCUUGAAAUGAUGGAGCAGCUGGCCGAACGUCGCAUGCAGCGGGAAGAGGAGGCAGCUGCUGACCUAGAGGACGAUAGCGAUGAAGAGGACGAGGAUGACGAUGAAGAGGACGAGGACGAAGAUGAGGAUGAUGACGAAGAUGACGAGGAGGUGAUGACGGAGGAGCAGAAGAUGGAGGAGGGGAAGCGAAUGUUUUCUAUGUUCGCGGCUCGCAUGUUCGAACAGCGGGUGCUUCAGGCGUACCGGGAGAAGGUGGCGCAGGAGCGCCAGCACCAACUCCUUCUUGAGCUGGAGGCUGAAGACCAGCUCACAAAGGAACGGGAGGCGAAGAAGCAAUCGCAGAACCAGAAGAAGAAAGACAAGCGGAAGCAGCAGAAGCUGGCAAAGGAAGAGGAGCGUGCGGCUAAGGCUGCCGAAAAGGCAGCUGAGGAAGCUGCUUUGAAAGCUAAACAACUCGUUCAGGAGGAAGAGCAGCGUAGGAAACGCGAAGAGGAGAGAGCCCGUCGCGAGGCCGUACGCAAAGCUGCUGAGGAAGAGAGACAGCGGAAGGAAGAAGAACGACGGAAACGCAUAGCUGAGGAAAGAGAACGUGAAGCUGAACGAGAACGGAGGCGCAAAGAAAAGGAGGAGAAAGCUAAACGUGAGAGGGAGGAAAAGGAGCGGAAGGCUAGGGAGGAGCGAGAAGCUAAAGCUGCUGCCGAGAGGGCUGCCCGUGAGGCUACCAAGAAAGAACAGCAAGAGAGAGAAGAGCGGGAGAAGAAGUUGGCGAAGGAACGAGAGGAAAAAGCGGAGAAGGAGCGUGCCGCUCAGCAACAGCGUGCUGCCGCCAAAAACUCCAGACAGCCUACUUCGCCGCGCCCUUCAAGUUCUGCGCAACGUUCGCAAAGCACGAACGGUGCCGCAAAGAAAAUCCUUACAAAGCCAACGCCUUCGCCUUCUUCUGUACCUACGCCGGCACCUGUUAGUACCACGCCCAACAACGUUCGUACACAGCCGCAACGGCCACUGCCAACCUUAUCCCAGCCUAAUAUGCCCGUUGUGCAGACUACUCCAAACCCGUUCCCUUCACCUUCUACUCCAUUGUAUCCCCCUGGAACUAGUAUGGUCACUCAAGCAGUCAACACUCCUCGUUUGCCUUAUGCACCGCCACCGUUCGGCGUCUUCGGACCUGGUCCAUCCAUGCAGCCAGCUUCUCUAGCGCCAUCUGCCCUUUCGAGGAGCUUUGGAUCUCCGUCUCCCUUUGAUCCCUCUUUUAGCCGCCCUCUUACUAGUGCGCCUCUCGCAACCUCUUCCAAGGCAAUACAGAACCCGCUCUCGUCUCCAACACUACUGGCGCCUGGAUCCUCUCGCCGUACGUCGAUACCCGAACCGGGGCCCGGUCCAGUUGCAAGGCCCCUUUCCAUCUCUCCGCUGACCCCAGGUCCCAUUUCCCCUCUGGGUCCAAUUGCACCUCCGGCGCCAAUCGCUAGGCCAACUGGGGAAGCCUCCGGUUCCAGUUCAGGCUCUCCUAUCCGUCGCACUCCAAGCCCCAAGGUGCUUGGGUCUUCUGCGCUCGCUGCAGAUGACGACGAAGUCGUGCCCCCUCCUGCAAGACGUGUCCCGCCCGGCGCUGUGGGGCAAUCGUGGGGCAACAGCACCAGCCCACGAACUAUCAUGGGAGAACCGAGGGGACCUUGGGGCAAUCCGACAUCCGCUGCUUUCCCUACUCGCCCGCCCAUCGGAGGCUCGUUGUGGGGAGGGAUGAAUGCCAACUCUGAAUGGCCACAAGCUCCAGCGACAUCUUUCUUCAAUUCCUUCGUUAACAAUCAUACUAAUUCCUCCCAUUCGCCUCAUUCUGGCAAUUGACAUUCACUUAAUGAUCAAGUGUAGCAACACACAUAGUUAACUUUCACUCCCGUGAGACACUCUUUUCCGAUCCUGCUUUUCGUAUUGUGUUAUCUCGACACGGGGAGAUUUGAUAUGUUUCGAGUAACAAGCAGAAAAUACACUAAAAGAUUUGGAAAAUC